AUGAACAUCUCGCAUUUGGUGGCUUGUGGACUUAUGAUCAUUCUGCUUUCAGUGAGGACAGGGGCGAAGCCUCUGACACCAGCGCAACAGAAGUCUCUUAGAAGUUUGUUGGGGGAGGAGCUGUCGGAGUUCCUGGCGUCGGAAGAGAGAGAGCGGAGGAUGGAAAACUUGCGCUCCAGGGUACGAUUGCUGCGAGACCUGCGCAUGGAAAUUCGCGCCAAGGGCAUGUGGGCGCGCUUGCUGAACGACCAGCCCAGUGCACGGAGACACAAAGCUAACACCAAGAAAGGGACCGCGGCCCGGAGUGGCUGCUUCGGACACAAAAUGGACAGGAUAGGCACUAUUAGCGGCAUGGGCUGUUAG